AUGCCAAAAACAGUUCCAUUCCAGACAUUUGGUACCGUAACGAAUUCUGCCGCUGCUCUAAUGGGUUCCCCAGCACCUUCUUCGCCGUCGAUGACCUACCCCGCUGCAGGAACCAUGGCUUACGCCGCUCCUAUGGCACCUGCCCCUGCAAUCCCAAUGUAUUCCGCUGCUACCACAUCUGCCCCUGUGCCAAUGAGUUAUCCGACUUCCACUACGCCAACAAGCUACAAUGUUGCUGGCCCGAUGAGCUAUACCACUCCCGCACCACCUGCCCCGGUCACAACCAGCUAUGCCACUCCGGCUACUAUGAACUAUUCUAUGGCUCAAUUCCCUACUCCGGCACCUAUGUCCUAUUCUGCACCUUCGCUACCCUCACCAGCACCUUCCUUGUCUUCACCCACUCCAAUGGGAUAUCCUGCACCCCCGGCAGCUCUGUCUUCGCCAAUGGGCUAUCCUACAAUUUCAGCAUCUACACCAGCAACGAACGUAUAUCCUGCAGCACCGUCAGCACCCGUAACUAUGGGUUAUCCCGCACCAAUGGCACUUCCUGCUGCACCUAUGGCACUUCCGGCUGCGCCGAUGGCACUUUCACCUUCACCAUUGAGCUAUUCUGCUCCCCCUGUAACUACACCGGCACCAGCAGGCUAUCUCGCACCUUCGGCAGCCACACCCACACCGAUGGGGUAUGCUACACUUCCAUCAACCACGGUAGCACCCGAAGUCUAUCCUUCACCUCCAGUUGUGGCUGCUGCACCAAUGGGCUAUCUUGCAACUCCAUCCACUAUGUCCACUAUGAGUACACCGGCCGCGAUGAGUUAUCCUUCACCUCCAACAACUAUGCCAAUACCAAUGGGUUACACCGCAGCUCCUGCCCCAGCGUCUGCCCCGAUGGUCGCUUCCCCGACUCCUUUGUCACUCCCAUCCGCACCAAUGAGUUACGCUGCACCUCCUAUGGCUACACCUUCUCAAAUGGGCUACUCUGCACUUUCUGCGUCUACACCAUCACCGAUGAGCUAUUCCUUACCAUCGGCAGCUAUGCCCGCAUCAACGAGCAUUGCCGUACCGUUGGCCCCUACGGCACCCGCAACAAUGGGCUAUCCUGCAUCUGCGGCACCUGCACCUGCACCAGUGAACUAUCCUGCACUUCCAGCGAUGCCAAUUUCUGCGUCAACACCUCCCCCCUAUUCAAUGAGAACCGCACUUCCUGUAACUACUCCUCGUCCGUAUCCGAUCAAUCUCUCUUCAACCUAUUAA